AUUGCUAACACCAUUUAUAUUUUCAUGCCUCCCGUUUUCAGAAGUGGACUGUUCCAAUCAUAAAAUGGCGGGUAAUGUGCCUGACAUGGAUUUUGAAGAAGGGGAACUUGCGGAUUCUGAGUCUGACACGGAAGUUCCAGCAGUCCAGGAGGAUGCUUUGAAGGGAGCUGCCAAAGCUGUGCCUCCCCCGCUGGACCUGCUAGGAGCUGUGGGAGGGAUCGCUGUUCUAAACAACAACAACACAAUACCUGCUCUGCAGUUCACCGGGCACAGGACAGGGGGCAGUAACCUGAUGGGAGGAGCACGAGGGACUGGCCAGCCAACCUACAACAAAGGGAUGACCAUGGGUUACCGUGAGUCUAAAAGUGCCACCAGCUACAGUAGUGAUGAGGACAGCCAUGACAGUUUCAGUGAUGAUGAAGAUGAGACCCUGUGGAGGAGGAAGAGGAUGCGCUGCGUGGAGAACCAGCCAGGGGGCGCUGCAUAUGCCUUUCACCACACACCUGUGAUCAAGUCUCCACCCAAGCGCAAAGUCAACAACAUCUGGGCCUCAGUAGUCCAGGAACAGUUCAGUGAGUCUGUAGCAGAUGAGUUAGUGUACACAGGACUAGCAGGAGGCAUCAGCAAGGAGAGGGGCCCGGAGAGCUACGACUAUAAGGAGUUCACAGAACAUGUCAGUGACUCUGAGCAUGGCUCAAAAAGCCCCAUCAUGACUAGUGAGGAUGAAGAUGAGAAAGAAGACCAUCCCCAGGAUGAGAAGGAGGAGGAGGAGGUUGGGGAGCAGGGGGAGGAGGAGAAGGGAACCAAGAGGAAGAGGAGUGUGAAGGAGCGGCUGGGACCGCGCCCGGGAACCCCCUUCCCCGGAGGACCAAUCACGGUCACGGCUGACGACCCUCCAGAGAAGGUUGCUGAUGAGAUUAUCUACAGAUUAUCGGAGCCCAAGUGGCACCUGAUCCAUCGGAUAGUGAAGGUGCUGGGGGCGGGGCAGGCGCUACAGCUGCUCAGUAUGACGGAGGAUGUGGAAGCUGCAGGGGGCAUGCCUAUCCAUGAUGGAACCAGACGUCGCACCCCCGGUGGAGUCUUCAUACAGCUGCUGAAGUCAACAGCGAGUAUAACAAAGGAACAGAAGGACAAGAUCUUUGCAGAGGAAGACAAGAAGUUUCAGGAGAGGCAAAGGGAGGAAAGAAGGAGGAGGAGAAGGAACAACAGGAGCAGAAGAAGGCGUGGGCACGCUCACUCGAGUGAGAACGACAGAAUGGAAGAAGACGGUACAGACUGUGCAGAUGCACAACUAACCACUGCAGGACAGGACAGUAUAUUACAUGACAUGGAGAAUAUUCCAGAGGAAAAUCCUGGAAAACAGACUGAGGAGAAACCCCCAGGAAUGGUGGAAGAGGAGGAGGGAGAAGUUGUGGAGGAGGAAGGUGGUGGGGAUUGCAAGAUGGCUGCCGCCCAGGGGGAGGAGGCGAAGGAAAAUGUCGCUGAGAUAUCUCUGGAUCUUGGAGAUAAUGAAAUGGACUUGUAGACCUAAUUGUCACUGCUGAAUAGGAGACUUAAGCUUGAUGAGUUGUUGGAGAUUGUGCCAACAAUAAAAUGUGAACAAGUCUAUGGAUAAAAGUCGGACUGCUGUAACAAAUGGUGCAGUUGUCUGUAGGAAUGAUCUAGAUUAUAUGAGAAGAAGAUAUUUGGGAAAUUUUCUUGGAGGACAAAAAAACAACAUGUCAAAGCUCUGAACAUGUCAGACUACUCAUCAAGCUUGUUGGGUCUAUUUAGACAAAUCAUCGUAGAUGUUGCAACAUGUUUUACAGGUUUUUGCAUUUGCCCCCAUCUCCCCUAACUUGUGCUUUGUAAAGAAAUGUGGUGAUACCUAAGGAUUGAAUAAUAAGAAUAUUAGAAAUGUUCUAUACAACUGCUUUUUGUUUUGUUUUUUGUCAUAAAAUUAUAUGAUUGAUAAAGAUGUGUGCAAUGUUAUUGUUGUAUCAUAUAUCUUACCAGUUUAAGGUAGCUACUUUCUCAAAGUAUUGUAGUAAGAUGUAUUGAAAAGUCACUUAUUAUUUUUGAAGAAUUGAGAGUACUUAAAAAGUUUCUUUAACUUUGUGUUGUUUUCUGUUUUACUUUUGUUUGCUUUGACAGUGUGAAAUAUAACAUUAAUAGUUGAUUGCAUUUUGUAUAAUCUUACUGUACUGUCAGAGUCACGGAUAUUUUCCACAGUGAUAUCAGCACAGAUUUUUUGUUUGAUAGAUGUACACUGAUACGCUUUAUCCAAGUGUUGUUUAUAUUAUACAAAGUGGUGCUCUACAAAGAAACAUGACUAGGCAAAUUUGGAAAGAAAUGUGUAAUGUGAAACUGUCCAGUUUGCAAUUACAACUGUUGAUAUUUAUGUAGGCAAUAAAUGUUUGUACAUGA